GGAGUCUGGCCAGGCAACAACCAGGUGCAUACAGGAUGUGGACGUUGGCGGUCUUUUCUCUGCUACUGUGCGUCUUCACGGGAGGUCAUGUAGCUGCUGAAGCUUGUGGUACAUGUACCGAAACCUACAACUCUGCUACGUCAUCCGCAGAUUCAGAUGAGAACUGUGCACACCUGAAAGUGUACUUGGAUUGUCUCGAGACUGCAGCAGGAACAUCUGCUGGAUGUGACUUGGCAACAACUCAAGCCACGAAAAUCAGUGACGCUGUUUGUGACCCAGCUUUGCAGUCGCCUUGUACAUGCCAACAGACAUUCUGGGCAAGCGAUCUAUCCGGGAACAACGCAUGCGGGCCGCUUGGGACCUACAUCCAAUGUCUCACUGACGCAGGAGAGAAAGAAACAUGCAAGGCUGGAACCAAAGCCUCUGCUAUCGUAGACAAGCCCAAGGGGAGACUUGCAGCUCUUACAUGUAAUGCUGCAGUUUCCACCCUGAGGAUGUACACUGCGACCACUGUUGUUCUCCCCUUCGUCCUGAUGGUGUUUCUUCCUUAACUCACAACGAAUCACAAUAUAUACUUUUAAAAUGUAGUUGUAUUUGAGUUUUUGUAUCUGGUCUGCAUUAAAACGUCACAGUAAAGGACAUUCUGAAUGAAUAUUAAUCUUAACAUUGAUAAGUUCGGUGUUAUACGAUGUGUAGAUUUUCAUUUUCAUUUGAAUGAACUAAAGAUGCUACAAACUGACUAAGGGGGCAAAACGACUCGUAUUCAACUUAAUUAGGCCCACCUGAUGACGUUUUCUGAUGACGUGGUUCUCCCCAAAAAGGCCACCGACACAUAGAAAAUGCCAUCAACCCCUUAGACACUUUGAUAGCAGAAUAAAGGCUUAGUGUAGUGAUGAUUUCCUUGAAAUAUGAAA